AUAAAUGUACAAAUCCCCUCCCCAGUUGAUCUGUUUCUGUACUUCCACCUGCAGGUUUUUCUUCUGCUACACCUAACCAUUUCCAUUCUACCUAGUGACUAGUGUUAUCUUAUCUCAUGGCUCCUCUCUUUGUCUCGCUGCAAAUGCAAAUGCUUUUGGUUUCCACUUUCAUAUUGCUAUUGCAUGUAACAACCGUGACAUGCAGAAACUCCUCCAAGUGGGUCGGACCCAUCGGGCACCGUUUAAUCACCGUUGACAUUAACGGCGGUGCCCAUUUCCGGUCGGUCCAAGCCGCCGUCAAUGCUGUCACGGAGAACAACAGAAUGAAUGUCCUUAUUCAAAUCAACGCCGGCUAUUACAUAGAGAAGGUGGUGGUGCCCGUGACGAAGCCGUACAUUAGAUUUGAAGGCGCGGGAAGAGAUGUGACGGUGAUAGAAUGGCAUGAUCGAGCCAGUGACCCUGGCCCCAACGGCCAACAACUUCGUACUUAUAGAACAGCAUCUGUCACUGUUUUUGCCAACUACUUCUCUGCCACAAAUAUCAGCUUCAAGAACACAGCGCCGGCGCCGAUGCCGGGAAUGGAGGGGUGGCAAGCGGCGGCGUUUCGCAUUUCCGGGGACAAAGCAUAUUUCUCCGGCUGCGGGUUCUACGGCGCACAAGACACUCUUUGCGACGACGCUGGCCGACAUUAUUUCAAAGAAUGCUACAUCGAGGGCUCCAUUGAUUUCAUUUUCGGGAAUGGCAGGUCCAUGUACAAGGAUUGCGAGCUACACUCAAUUGCAACGAGGUUCGGGUCAAUAGCAGCCCAAGCUAGGAAUUCCCCAUACGAGAAGACGGGCUUCGCAUUUGUACGGUGCAAAGUGACAGGAACAGGCCCAGUUUACGUAGGCCGUGCAAUGGGCCAGUACUCUAGGAUUGUCUAUGCCUACACCUAUUUCGACGACAUAGUUGCACAUGGUGGUUGGGAUGAUUGGAACACUGCCAACAACAGUAACAAGACUGUGUUCUUUGGAGUGUACAAAUGCUGGGGACCAGGAGCAGCGGCUAUACGUAGGGGCUCUUUGGCCCAAGAGCUAGAUUUCGAAUCGGCCCAUCAAUUCCUGGCAAAGAGUUUUGUCAAUGGGAGGCAUUGGAUUGCACCCGCUGAUGCUUCGCUAAAUGCUACUCCACAGUAACACAAAGCAGAAAUUGCAUAGCUACAAUCAAUUCAAUAUUAUUUGUCAUUAUCUCCUUUUCUGCCUUGUUAACCACAGGAAAAUUAAUUCAUUCAAUCUUUGAUAGAGGCCUGUUUCAUAGCUAACUCAUGUGCUCCAAGGCCUGGUUUGUAUAUUGAUUAUUCUUGUCACUUUCAAAUAUAAUAAAAUUCU